UUGCAUCAAUCUGCUUGAAUUAUUUGCUUUAAGUUUUUUUUUGUUGUGUAACUGCAGUAUGUAUAAAUACCGAAAGUUAAUCUGAGAGUCAGAAACGAUUCAAAAGCUCAAGACAUCAAUUACCAAACCUAGCUAUUCAGCAGGCCAUCAAUUUAGCGGACCAUUUGAAGAUUUUGUUUAGUUUUUAUCUACCUCGCCCUCACUAAAGAUGACCAGCAUUCUGAAAACCAUUGGCUCUGUCAUUUCCUCCAAAGGCCUGGACAAACCAGUGUAUGAGACCCUCAGUUCAGAGAAGGAGUAUGAGUUGAGGCAGUACAGUCCGGCAAAAUGGGUCAGUUAUACAACAAAAUCUAUGAAGCAGGAAGAGGCACGAACUGAGGGGUUCUGGAAAUUGUUUAAUUACAUUCAGGGGGAGAAUGAGAAAGAAAUGAAAAUUGAGAUGACAGCACCAGUUUCAACCAAAGUGGAACCAGGUGCAGGUCCGAAUUGUGAGAGCAGUUUUACCGUGUCUUUUUACAUCCCACCAGAGCACCAGGAAAACCCCCCUCAACCCAAAAACCCAAAUGUUUUCAUAGAGGAGAGACCUGAAUUUGAAGCCUACGUUAAAUCUUUUGGAGGAUUUGCUAAAGAGGAAUCAUGGGUAAACGAAGCUCAAAAAUUGUUGGAAGAUUUGAAAGAGAAGACGAGCGAGAUUCACCAGGAUUACUGGUUCACAGCUGGUUAUAACAGCCCAUUUCAACUGUUUGGUAGAACCAAUGAGGUCUGGUUUGUCAAGAAGUGAUUUAGUGACAAAGUGAAAGUUAGAGUCUGUAACCUUGGUGCAAUACGGGCGUGGCUUCACUGUAUCAGGGUAUAAAAAGUUACUGAAGAACGGGAAUCACUCGGGAAAGUGGACUCAGGAAUUUGAUGAUAAUUUUUUGUUUACUUGUAGCAUCAAGUUAGAUACAUGUAUGAUUCGAGUAGAAAAUUGUACAUUGGAGUAACAUUCCAUAUAUAUAUGUAUAAGUGCUCAGCAGGUGUUAGUCAUUUUUAUACAAGUACUGUGCACCAUGUUUUCUAUUCCUAGUCCUCUGUAUCUACUGCAACUUUUAAGGUUUUCAUUUUAAAAGAAUUCCUUAUUUUUAUAUAUGUACAAUACUGAUAAAUAAUAGAAGGCAGUAAUCUGUGACAUACAUGUACCAUUUUAUGUCCGGGUCAUUUAUAUUACCGCAAAUCACUUUUUAUUUGCGAUAAAUUCAUUUUUCCAAAAUAUUCGAGACUCUCUGCUCACAAAACUUUCAAUAAUUUGCAAUAUUAAAGAUCACAUACAGUAAUGAUCAAGAUUCUUGAGAAUUUUGUCGUUUAUAAAUGCCAAAUAAUUAUUAUAUUAAGAUGUCGUGUACAUUUAGUGAUCUACAGUGCUCCUUAGGUACAGAUGAACAUUUACAUGUAAUAUAUUGAUCAACCAGCAUUAUUAUAAAAUUCAUUUUUGAAAUCAAGUGCCAUGAUUCAAAUAAUUUAUUUUUUAUAAAUUAUAAUGAUAAUAAAUGUUAAC